UGGAGAUUAUAAUUGGAAGGCAAUUGAGCUUAGCAAUCUGAGGAACUCUAUAGAAUAAAACAACUAUGAAGGAAAGAAGAAAAAGCUAAUCAGAAACAGAGAUGAAUGAGAAAAACUGAGAAAAUGAGGGAAGAGAGAGUGAGAGAGGAAGGAGAAAAACUGAAAAGAGUAAAAAAAGACUCACUUAUGGGUGUUGUUGAAUAGGUUGCCAAUCAACCCAAAUGCAAAUCAACUGGUAUUGUUUAUUGAAGACAAAGGAGACAAGUGCACAGAACACAGCCUCCUUCCAUCGUUAAUUCCAAAUUUCAACCUGUCUUUUCUGUCGAAGGAAGAAACUUGAAGCCUGGGGUAUAAGCACAUUUUGAUAAUUUGAUUUUAAUGACAUGAACAAAUUUGCGGGAUGUUAGACUUUUGAACAUCUUGAGUUGACGUCUAUCCUAGAAAACUGAAAGCUAAAAUCAUAAAUGGUUAGAAGAAUAUGGCAGCAUGUUCUGAAUUAAUUCUCACUCACAAGCAGCUCAGAGCAAGUUAUGGGACUUCUUAGCAAGACAAACCUGUUGCUGUUGCCUGUCCUUUGCUGCUUCUGUUUAUACUUAACCGUCGCCAUUGACACCAUUAGAUCAUCUCAAUCCAUCAACGACUCUGAAUACAUAAUUUCCAAAGGGAGUGUUUUCAAACUAGGAUUCUUCAGCCCUGAAAAUUCUACCAAUCGCUACCUCGGAAUCUGGUAUAAUAACAUUUCUGUAUUCACUGUCAUCUGGGUAGCUAAUAGAGAGAAACCUCUCAAGGAUUCUUCUGGGGUUCUUACUAUAUCUGAGGACGGCAAUCUAGUGGUACUAAAUGGACAGGCAGAGAUUCUUUGGUCAUCGAAUGUUUCAAAUUCUGUAACCAAUUCUAGUGCCACUCUUGGGGAUUUCGGAAACCUUGUUUUGCGAGUUGAUACUACAGGACUGGUACUAUGGGAAAGUUUUCAACAUCCUUCUGAUACCAUCUUGUCAAGGAUGAAACUUAGUACUAGUUCAAAGAAAGAUCAGAGACUACAGCUGACAUCAUGGAAAAGCCCUUCUGAUCCAUCCAUUGGUAGCUUCUCCUCAGGCAUUGAUCCACCAAAAAUUCCUGAAGCAUUUGUUUGGAAAGAGGGUCGCCCAUUUUGGCGGUCUGGUCCAUGGAACGGUCAGGUCUUUAUUGGAAUGCCAAACUGGAAUCCAGGAUAUUAUACUGGAUUUACAUUCAUUGAUGACACAAACGGGACUGUUUUUCGAACUUUUACUGGUUUGGACAUGUUACAUUUGUCAAAAAUUGUUUUGGAUUGGCAAGGAAAUGUAGUGCAUACAUAUUGGGAUGAUGGGAAAGAGGAUUGGGAGGUUGUGCAUAAAAAUCCAGAAGAUGAGUGCGAUGUUUAUGGCACAUGUGGUGCAUUUGGAAGCUGUGAUUUACUGAGUUCACCAAUCUGCAGUUGUCUGAGAGGGUUUGAGCCGAAGAUUAUUAAGGAAUGGAAUAGAGGAAAUUGGACUAGUGGAUGUGUCAGGAGGACACCAUUGCAGUGUGAAAGAACGAACAAUAGUAUUGAAGAAGGAAAAGCAGAUGGGUUUUUAAAACUGGAGACGAUCAAAGUGCCAGACUUUGCAGAGUUGGCACUAGAUGUGAAUAUAGAAGAUUGUCGAAAGCAGUGUUUGGAGAAUUGUUCUUGUGUAGCUUAUGGAUAUUAUACUGGCAUUGGUUGUUUGUCAUGGAGUGGAAACCUAAUUGACCUACGACAUUUCUCUGUUGGAGGAUCAGAUAUAUAUAUUCGUUUGGCCAAUUUAGAAUUCGAAGAGGAGAGAAAUUUGAGAGUACUCAUCGCAAUUACAGUGACUAUUGGAGUGAUUGCUAUAGCCAGCACAACUUUCUUCUUCUGGAGGUGGAUGGCUAAGAAAAAGAGAGCUAUGAAAAGUAAAAGCAAUGAGAGUUUACUGUUUGACUACCUAAACGAUGUGAAACUCCAAGAUCUACCAAUCUUUAAUUUGGAAGAAUUGGCAACAGCAACAAACAACUUCGAUAUGGCUAAUAAGCUUGGACAAGGUGGCUUCGGUCCAGUCUAUAGGGGUAAAUUGCAUAAUGGACAAGAAAUAGCAGUGAAGAGAUUGUGUAGAGCCUCUGGACAAGGACUGGAAGAAUUUAUGAAUGAGGUGGCAUUGAUUACUAAACUCCAACAUCGGAAUCUUGUUAGACUUCUCGGUUGCUGCAUUGAGGGAGAAGAGAAGAUGUUAAUCUAUGAAUAUAUGCCAAACAAAAGUUUGGAUGCAAUUCUUUUUGAUCCGGUCCACCAAAAACUCCUUAAUUGGAGGAAACGGUUCUACAUUAUUGAAGGAAUUUGUCGAGGGUUGCUCUACCUUCACAGGGACUCUAGACUAAAGAUUAUUCAUAGAGAUCUAAAGGCAUCUAACAUUUUGUUAGAUCAAGAGCUUAAUCCAAAAAUAUCGGAUUUUGGUAUGGCUAGAAUAUUUGGAGGCAAUGAAGAUCAAGUAAAAACUAAAAGGGUCGUCGGGACAUAUGGUUAUAUGUCUCCUGAAUAUGCAAUGCGAGGGAUGUUUUCAGAGAAAUCAGAUGUCUUCAGCUUUGGCGUGUUAUUACUAGAGAUUGUUAGUGGGAAAAGAAACACUAGCAUUUGCGAUGAGGAGCAAUAUUCGGGCCUCGCUGGAUUGGCAUGGAAAUUGUGGAAAGAUGACAACAUAAUGGCUUUGGUAGACCCAACAAUAUGGGAUCCAUGCUUUCAAAUGGACAUUUCAAAAUGUAUACAUGUCGGACUACUGUGCGUGCAAGAAUUGGCAAGAGAUAGGCCAAAUGUGUCUACUGUUAUUUCAAUGCUUAAGAGUGAGAUUUUGGAUCUGCCUACUCCAAAGCAACCUGCCUUCAUGGAAAGGCAGAUUGCUUCAAAUAUAGAGCUUACUCAACGGGGUCAAAUAAGAUUCUCCAUUUGUAAUGCCACUAUUUCAACAAUUAGUGGUCGAUGAAAAGAAUUUUUUUGAGAUAAACUCCUCUUUAUUUGAUUCAUAUUUUCUUCUGGAA